AUGGAAGCCGUCUACGCCCUCCAAUUCGAAUCCCACCAGGAUGCCAUCGCCGCCUGCCACGCUGCUGCCCGGGCGGAAGGCUUUGCCUUAGCCGUGCGUACGAAGAAGCCCUCUGCCGCCAAUCCACGAUGGAUUCUCUUGAGAUGCUCAAAGGGCCGCCACUGGCAGGAUCAAGGCGACGAGGGCGCCCACGAAUCCAAGCGUCGCCGCAAGACCAGCACUCAAAAGACCAAGUGCGAGUUCCGCGUCAUCGUGAGGAAGGCCAAUAGCUCGGCCUCCAAGUCCACCCACCCGGGCGGCUGGGUCGUAGCGCCUUCUUCCUUAGGGGAAGCCCAUAACCACGAAUUUACUCCUGCUAUCACACAUAGUAGGUAUCGUGCCGAGGUUAUCCGGAGGCACCACGGACAUAUCACCCACCUAUAUAACUGCGGCCUACGGCCUUUCCUCAUCGCCUCGCACCUCCGUGGCCUCUGUCACGAGGAUCCGGAUCUCGCUGGCAUCACUGGGCAACACGUGAGGAAUGCCAUUGCCUCGUACCGCCUCCAAGAGCUCACCGGCCGCACGCCAAUUCAAUUCCUCUACGAUCAACUCAAUACCUCCGACUUCUUCUUUCGGGAUACACGUGACCAAGAGGGCCGGCUGACCGGCCUCUUUAUCGCACCGCGUAGCGGCAUUGAGCUCUGGCGGCAGUACGCGAAUAUCCUCCUUUUGGACUGCACAUACAAGACCAACCGCUUCAACAUGCCUCUCCUCAACGUGUGCGGCUCUACAGCAGAGAGGAAGACCUUCUCAGUGGCCUCUAUUUUCCUCAACGGCGAGGCAGAACCGCAAUACCGCUGGGCGUUGCAGUGCCUGCUCGAGCUAGCAGCAGAGGAAGGAAUCCCGAUGCCACGGGUCAUCGUCACAGACCGUGACCUUGCCCUCAUGAAUGCCCUCGUUAGCUGCCCAGAACUCGAGCACGUUAUUCACUUACUCUGCCGCUGGCACGUCAACAAGAACGUUCUUACGAAGUGCAGGCCGCACUUCCCUAAGGCAACAAAGGAAGGGAACCGCGUUAUCCGGGCCCCUCAGUUCACGGCCUUCCUCAAGGAGUGGCAUGCCCUCGUCAAUGCCCCUGACGAGGCAAGCUACAAUCAGCGACUACGGGAAUUUACUGCUACAGGCCGUCACCCACAGGCAGCAGUGGAUUAUGCGGUUAAAACGUGGCUCGAGCCCUGGAAGGAAAAAAUCGUGCUGUAUUACGUUGACCGUUAUCGUCACCUAGGGCAUACGACGACCUCUAUCGUGGAGGGCCUACAUUCUACAAUGAAGCGGUUCCUUUGGUCCUCAACGGGCGACCUGACCUCCGUUUUCCGACGGUUCCAAGCCUUUUGGCGUCACCAGUCGGCUGAGAUCCUCAAUACACAGCAAAAAGCCAUACAUAAGACAUCAACCUCUACAAUUAGACCGAUCUUGGCGAAGAUCCGGCCAAACCUCUCUAACUGGGCGCUCCAGAAGAUAGGGGGCGAAUACCGCGCUGUGGCAAGGGAUGCCGCUUCAAACGACCAAGCAAAGCCGCCGCCCGGCCGCUGUGAUCUUCUUCAUCAGUGCGGCUUCAAGUCAAGUCUUGGCCUCCCUUGCCGUCACGAUAUUUUCAAGCGGCUCAAUGCCGCCGCCGCCGUUCCCUUCGAAAUGAACGACGUUGACGAGUUCUGGCAUCGCCAGAGGUGGCAGGACACAAGCCCUAACGAUGCUCCGCACGAUCCACUCCCUAUGCGCGGGAAAGGCCGGCCCAAGGGCUCAUUGAACCUCGAGGCCGCAGGAGGUCGUAACGGCACGCGGAGAGAGCCGUCAGCACACAAUAUCGCGGAAUCCGACGAACGCAGCAAGGCCACAAGGCCGCCGUCGUCCACAGCGCCGGCGGCUCUCCAAAGUACGAAGACGAAGGCUACGAGCAAGAAGCGCAAGGCUGGGGGCAAGGCUGGAGGGAAAGCUGCUGCUGCUACCGUCAACACCGCCGGCAGCGCUGCUGAUGUGACAAAACGGGGGUUGGAAUACCUUCAAGCCAAUGGCGAUUCGUACGAGCCUGGCACAGCUAUGCCACGAGCGUAUCAGCGUGCCGUACGCCGCACGCCUGACUCUGACGAUGAGCUUACUGACCCGGGCGAGACGCAGGGCACGAUUCGCUGUGCCACGCAGCCAAUGCCGAUAUCCUCAAUUCGUCAAGGAGGUGAGGAUAUAGAGGAUGAAGACGACCCUUUAGCCGAUUUUAACGAGAUGGACCGGCAGGUGGAUGAGGAGGAGUCUAUACAGCAGGAAUUGUGUGCAGAGGGUCUACUAUAG